GAGACCUCUACCGCAGUCUCUGCAGAGCCAGGGAUCCUUGAUUCAUGAAUACUUCGGGAAGAUUGUGCAGAGGUUUACAAUGAAAAAGAUGUGGAUUACGCUAUUCAGACUAUGACGUGAUACUUACAAAAGGUGGUGAAUUUGAGCCAGACAUGCCUCUUUUAGAAUUCUUAGCUGGGAGCAUUUCAGGUGCAGUGGGCCUGGCAGUUGGACAUCCAGUGGAUACUGUGAAGGUGCGCCUGCAGGCCCAUUCUGCAUACAAAGGGAUAUUUCAUUGUAUAGCUAAAACCUACUCUGCUGAGGGGCUCCGUGGAUUCUUCAAAGGCAUGGCAUUUCCGGUGCUGACUACGGGCAUCAACAACUCCAUUGUCUUUGGCUCAUACAGUAAUGCCUUAGACUACCUCACUCAGUCUGAGCGCAGCGACCGAAACCAAGGCAAAGAACCUUCUGCUGCACAUGUUAUCGCUGCCGGAUGCUUCUCAGGCCUGGUGCAGGUGUUUGUUUGCGUACCCAUUGACCUGGUCAAGGUGCGUCUGCAGGGUCAAACAACAACUGCUCGAUACCGUGGCCCGGUUCAUUGUGUCGCCAGCAUCCUGAAGGAGGAUGGUCCCAGGGGUCUGUUCAGAGGAGGGAUGGCCCUCGCCCUGAGGGACAUUCCCUGCUAUGGAUUCUACUUCCUGCCUUAUGAGGUCACGCGAAAGGCUCUGACCGAGAGCGGCAAAGAGCCAGGUACAUAUGCAAUACUGAUGGCGGGCGGCGUGGCGGGAGUGGUGACCUGGGCCCUCGCCACACCCAUGGACGUGGUGAAAGCCCGGCUCCAGAUGUCGGGGGCUGGCGGCCGGGAGUACAGCGGGGUCCUCCACUGCAUGAGAGUGAGCCUCAGAGAGGAGGGAGUCAGGGUCUUCUUCAAAGGCCUCACCCUGAACAGUCUGAGGGCCUUCCCCGUCAACGCCGUCACCUUCCUAAGCUACGAGAGUCUCAUGAAACUUUUCUAUCCCCCGAAGAGAUGACAUAUUUAGACUCUUUAAAAACCUGAAAACACUCCACCUGAUGAAGAUUUUCAGAUUCAGCAUCCUGUGAAUUGAACUGCCUUAAACAAUGAUAUCAUAUCAAGCUGCUCAUGUUUAUCGACAUCAAUCGAUCGAUCAUCCCAAAUUCUUGACAGAAUAUGAAUGUGAACAAUGCUGCGGACCGACAAGUGUUUCUUUCCAAGCAUUUUAUUACUCUGAACUGGAUACCAACAGUGAAUGAUUUCUUAAUAAAAACAGUACAAAGUAUGUUGAGGAUUUCCUUUUCUGGUGUCUGGUCCAUGGAGUUUUUCCU